UUUAUGGAUGGAGACUUUGUGAUUGGAGGUAUUUUCUCUAUUCAUUACUACACCAGAUCAGACCAAAAUACUUACACCAGACAGCCAUCACAGCUUCAGUGCUCUGGAAGAGAACUGCGCUUCGCCCGCGCCAUGCAAUUCAGCAUCCACGAGAUUAACAACAGAACAGACCUCUUACCAGGCAUCACAUUAGGAUAUCAGAUACAUGAUUCGUGCUCUUCUGUGCCAAUGUCAAUAAAAGUUGCAUUUCAGUUUGCAAAUGGCAUGGAGUCAGAGUUUACUGAAAUAAAUAUCUGUUCAAAAUCUGCAGGUGUACCUGCUAUUGUAGGUGAAUCUGCAUCUACCCCGUCAAUAAGUAUGGCUAGAAUGCUCGGUCUUUUUGGAAUUCCACAGGUGAGUCACUAUGCAACCUGCUCAUGCUUGAGUGAUAAGCAUCAGUAUCCUGCCUUCUUUAGGACUAUUCCUAGUGACCAGCACCAAGCAGCUGCACUGGCAAGAAUGGUCAAGCAUUUUGGUUGGACAUGGAUUGGAGCAGUGCGCAGCGACUCAGAUUACGGAAAUUAUGGAAUGGCAUCGUUUUUAAAUGCUGCGCAAAAGGAGGGGAUAUGUGUGGAAUACUCCGAAGCCUAUUACCGGACACAGCCGCGCAGUAAAUUAGAAAGAGUCGCAAACGUGAUUCGUAGAUCAUCUGCCCGUGUUAUAGUAGCAUUUAUUGCAUCAGGAGACAUGAGAUUUCUCCUAGAAGAACUGGCACAACAGCCACUGGCUCCACUUCAGUGGAUUGGAAGCGAAACAUGGAUUAUAGAGCCUGAGUUGCUGCGUUAUAACCUGUGUGCUGGUGCAAUAGGUUUUGGGAUUCCACGGUCAGUUAUCCCAGGAUUUCGUGAGUUUCUGCUAGACCUGACUCCAGCUGAUGCCCUGAAAUCGCCUCUGUUCACAGAAUUUUGGGAAAGCUCUUUUGCUUGUAAUCUGAAGGAUCGAAAGGACAUCGCUGAGGGUGCACGGCAGUGUGAUGGCAGUGAGGACAUUAGUGUGCUCCUUAAUGCAUAUACAGACACAUCUCAGUUGCGUGUCACUAAUAUGGUGUAUAAAGCAACGUAUGCCAUAGCGCACGCCAUCCACGAAUUGAUAUGUAAUGAUACACAAUGCGAUAAAAAUAUUAAGUUUACACCAUGGCAGGUAUCUAAGCACCUCAUGAGAGUAAACUUCACUACAAAAAGUGGCUUUCAGGUAUCAUUUGAUUCUAACGGAGACCCUCCAGCUGCCUAUGAACUCAUAAACUGGCAAUUUAACAAGGAUGGUGCAUUGCAUAUGAUAACAGUGGGCUAUUAUGAUUCAUCUAAACCAAAAGGACAGGAAUUUAGAAUGAGCAGAAAUAUCAGUUGGGUUGGUGCACAGACAGAGGUACCAGUGUCUGUGUGCAGUGAGAGCUGUCCUCCAGGCACCAGGAAAGCUGUGCAGAAAGGAAGGCCUGUCUGCUGUUAUGACUGUAUCGCAUGUGCUGAAGGAGAGAUCAGUAACAAGACAGAUUCACCGGAUUGUUUGAGCUGUUCAUCUGAGUUUUGGCCCAAUGCUAAACAAGACAGCUGCCACCCAAAGGCAGUUGAGUUCCUUUCCUGGGAUGACACUCUCAGCAUUAUCCUUACAGUCUUCUCCAUCACUGGGGCUUUCAUGGCUGUGUGCGUGGGUGCUGUCUUUUACAAACAUAGGGCCUCUCCUAUAGUCAGGGCUAACAACUCAGAACUGAGCUUCUUGUUACUCUUCUCUUUGACUUUGUGUUUUCUUUGUUCACUUACUUUUAUUGGUCAGCCUUCUGAGUGGUCCUGUAUGCUGCGUCACACCACCUUUGGGAUCACAUUUGUACUUUGCAUCUCUUGUGUUCUGGGAAAAACAUUGGUUGUGCUAAUGGCUUUCAGGGCUACACUUCCAGAUAGUAAGGUCAUGAAAUGGUUUGGGCCUCCACAGCAGCGACUUAGUGUUCUUGCCUUCACUCUUGUACAGGUGGUUAUUUGUGUGCUUUGGUUAACAAUAUCACCUCCUUUCCCUCUCAAAAACAUAAAACAGUAUAAGGAAAGGAUUAUCUUGGAAUGUGGCUUAGGUUCUACCAUAGGUUUCUGGGCUAUAUUGGGAUAUAUUGGACUCCUGGCUCUUUUAUGUUUUGUUUUAGCUUUUCUAGCUCGGAAGUUGCCAGAUAACUUCAAUGAAGCUAAAUUCAUUACUUUUAGCAUGCUCAUAUUCUGCGCAGUUUGGAUUACCUUUAUUCCUGCUUAUGUCAGUUCUCCUGGAAAAUUCACUGUAGCUGUGGAAAUAUUUGCAAUUUUGGCUUCAAGCUUUGGUUUGAUUAUUUGUAUUUUUGCUCCCAAAUGUUUUAUAAUUGUAUUUAGGCCAGAACAGAACACCAAGAAGCAUGUUAUGGGUAAAGUACCCUCUAAAGCACUUUGA